UGUAAACCAUGUCCAGAGGGGUACUACUGCUUCCUGAACUCAACGGAUUAUCUCGAUAAGCCAUGUCCAGUUGGUCAUUAUUGUCCUGCUAAUACAGAAAGACCUGAUCAGUUUCCAUGCUCACCUGGAACUUUCAAUCCAGCAGAGAAGCAAACAAAUAAAACUGCUUGUCUAUCUUCAACAUUUACUCCAGCUUUCUGCCCAAAUGGAACCUAUUCAAACCAAACUGGUCUGGUCAAGUCUUCAGAUUGUAGUCAAUGUUUACCGGGCUAUUACUGUAAUGGAUUUGCUUCCGCCAAGACUCUUUGUCCAGAAGGUUUUUACUGUCCAAAUGGUACAGGACACGACUGGCAGGCAUGUCCAUCUGGCAGUUACAGUAAUAUUAAGGGAUUAAGAACUUCUCUAGAGUGUAAUUCCUUUAUUGGAAGUAUAUGUCCUGCUGGUCAUUAUUGCCCAGAAGGUACAGACUAUCCUAUCGGAUGCCCAGCUGGGUCGUAUCAAGAUCUUACGAAUAUGAAAGACUGUAAGGACUGUCCUGCAGGAUAUUACUGUUAUGGAAAUACAACGUACUAUACCCCAAACAGCUGUCCUGAAGGAUUUUACUGCCCUGAAAAUACAACUGACCCUAACCAAUAUCCAUGCCCUCCUGGCACAUUUAACAAUAAGACAGAGCAGACUGUAUUGGGUAGCUGUUUACCCUGUAUACCAGGAAAAUAUUGCCAAGGGACUGGUAACAUCAACCCCACUAGUUAUUGUAGUGCUGGGUGGUAUUGUACAGGCGGCGCCCUAGAAUCACAGAAUGAUUGCACCGUAGGCCAUUAUUGUCCUGUUGGAACAUCUGAACCAUUGCCUUGCUCCAACGGAACCUUCAGUCCAAAUACAAAUCUUGCAUCAGAGUCAGAGUGUUCAGCAUGUACAGGAGGAUUUUAUUGUAAUGGUACUGGUCUGAUUGCGGUCUCUGGUCCAUGUGAU